AUUUGUCCCAGGAAAAGCUGUUACCCUGAGUACAAGAGACACUCACCCCAUAACUCUGUGAGCAUCAGAGGAUUCAUUACUCACUGCUGACUCCAGGAGACCAAGAGAAGGUCCCAGCACCUCCUGAGCCUUGUACAGUGGGCCAGCUGUGCCCUGAGUUGUGACAUCAUGCCCAGACGCAAGAAUAAGCGCCAUUCCUCUGGGAAGUCCCGCCAUACCCAGGACCAGGACCAGGCCCAGGCCAGCACAGAGGCCCAGGCCAAGGCCAAAGCCCAGAACAAGACCCAAGCUAAGACCAAGGCCAAGGCCCAGGACCAGCCCCAGGCCCAGACCCAGGCUGAAGCUCGUCAUGGCACCACUGGGCGCACCCCAGCAGCAGCAGUGGCUGUGGCAGAGGCAGCAGCUGCAGAAGCAACAGCAGCAAAAGGCAAUGAUGCCCAGGAUGCUCAGGGCAAUGCUGGCACCAAGACCUCCAGUGAUGCCAGGGCAGCCUCUGGCCCCAAAGGAGCUGAGGCAGGGCCACAGCCCAAAACCACCCCUGUGGGAAGACCCAGCUGUGGAGGAGCUGAGGGAGCUGCCCCCAAGUUGGAAGUGGAGGAGAAGUUCGAGUACGGCCCGCUGCACACAGACCCUGACGCCAUGAGCAAGAGGGUGGUUGUGCUGGAGCAGUUCCUGCUGUACAAGUUCCAGCUGAAGCAGCCCAUCCUGAAGGCAGAAAUGCUGAAGAUCUUGGGCUACAGGUACCAAAACCGCUUCCUGGAGAUGCUGAAGAAAGCCUCUGAGCGCAUUGAGACCCUGUUUGCAGUGCGCGUGCAAGAAGUGGACUCAGUGACCCAAGCCUAUGACCUAGUGAGUGAGCUCAAGCUCCCCAACCACGGCAGGGUGUGCCCUGGCAGAGGGCUGCCCAAGUCCGGGCUCCUCAUGCAUGUCCUGGGCAUGAUCUUCCUGAAGGGCAACUGCGCCAGCGAGGAAGACAUCUGGAGGGUGCUGGGCACCAUGCAGGUGUUCCCGGGCAGGAAGCACAACAUCUACGGGGAGCCCCGCAAGCUCCUCACCAAGGAUCUGGUGAGGCUGCAGUACCUGGAGUACCGCCCGGUGCCCAACACUCAGCCCCCUCGCUACCAGUUCCUGUGGGGCCCCAAAGCCCAUGCUGAGACCAGCAAGAUGAGCGUGCUGCAGUUCAUGGCCAAGAUCAAGGGCACGGUGCCCAGCUCCUUCUCACCCCAGUACCAAGAGGCUCUGCGUGAGCAGGCAGAGAGAGCCCUGGCCCGGAGCUUAGCUGGCUCCAGGGCCAAGAUCUGGGGCAUAGCUGGCUCCAGGGCCAAGGCACAGGGCACAGCUGGCUCCAGGGCCAAGGCACAGGGUGCACCUGGCUCCAGCGACAAGGCACAGGGUGCAGCUGGCUCCAGCGCCAAGGCCCGAGCCCUGACAGGCUAG